UUGAAAAAUAAAAGACACGCUUGGUAGGACAAUAAAAACUGAUAAUUGACUUUCUCGCGAAUGAAAACUCAUUCGUGGCUGAUUUGAAAGAGGCAAAUUUGCGAAACGGCGGGAAAAGAUGAUGUGUGCAAAUUCGGAACAAGCGGAGAACAACAGCGUGAUAGUUUCACAAAUCACGAGUCCUCAUACGCCGCAGGAUUUCACGGUCUCGCGCUUACUGUCGACGCCGAUUAAUUCGUUGGAAUGCAACGAAAGUUCUACGACGGCGACGUGUAGGAGACCUAGAAGAAGUAGGACAACAUUCUCGGCGCAACAAUUAGCUGCGUUGGAAAGGGUGUUCGAAAGGACGCAUUAUCCGGACGCUUUCGUACGAGAAGAACUUGCGACACGAGUAUCUUUAUCGGAAGCCAGAGUACAGGUAUGGUUUCAAAACAGACGCGCCAAGUUUCGACGAAACGAAAGAAGCUCGGCCAUUAAUCGAGGUGUUUCCUCGAACAGAGAAGUGGAGACCACUUUACCCUUACGACCUAUCAGAAUAACGCACACGCAGGAAAACAACUCCGAGUCUCUACAGACCUCUCAAGUGGGACAAUAUCCGUACAGCGAGUACUGGCGAUCAUCGCAACAUUACACCUCUAUGCAAACUUCUACCUGUCAUGGAUUUAUCAAUGGUAAUUUAGCAAAUGUCAAUCUUCCCCCGUAUCAUCAGACAGAAAUCCACGGAGGAUUCGAAGGAUCUGCAAUGAGUAGCUUAAAUGCACUACGAUUCAGAGCGCAUCCAUACGGAACCGCGUAUUCUGCCAUGCACGCAAGCAUGUAAAUCCCCCCGCCCAACAUAGAU